AUGGGUCAAUCCCAGUCGCGCGCUCCUGCCUUCCAUCCGUCUUCGGUUGGAUCACACAACUACGCACGUGCUGACGAGGAACCGGCCGAGGCGUCGCAGCACUAUCCCACCUCGGCGUCGGGGUGGGUUAAGCGACCCCGGUCCCGCUUCCUGGGCCGUCGCGGCUCCAUUGCAUCUACCGACUUCAUCUCGUAUCCGCACCACCACUUCAUUCCAAAGGAGCAGCGCCAGCGCUCGGCCGGCCCUAUUCGAAGCCGUCCCGACCAGUCCGAAUACGGCCCCAGACCGGCUCCACUCCUUCCGUCUGCCUUGGCAUCACCACAACACGCCCCACCUGCAGACGACUCUCGCGCAACGACGGGCGCACAGAGUAGUCGGCCCGACUCCAAGAUCCUGGCCGAAGUGCAAGACGCCAAGUCCAUCCGGCGCAAGUCGGCGCAUCGCGUCAGUGCUACCCCGCGCGAUCCGCCGCUCUUGGAAGAACCGGAGUCCGUAAAAGAUCACGCGAGCACAGACGGUCAUGCUGGCGCCCCGGCCACGCCGCCGUCGGAUCACGGUCAUGCACCUGUACCCAUCUCGCCGAGCCUCGCGCUUGCACUAAAGGCCGGCCUCGGCUCAGGCUCGCUGCGACGCCGCCAUGGAGCAUUCGAGCUCGACAGCUCAGAUCCAUCCUCCAGCCAAACACGAAGUAGCGCUGAAGGCAGUUCGGGUGACUUGGGACGGGAGGUGCACAAGGGUUCUGAUCUUUGGACUCGCUCGCCGCGUCGGUCGAUCCCUGACGGCUGGCAGUCCGAAUGGACGGAUCUGCGCGACCGGCCGAGCGACGAGAUGCCCUCGAACGCUCCUGGCCCCGCAGACCUAUCCGAGACCAGCCGCUUCUCCUUUGGCAGCAGCGACCCGACCACGAGCAGCGGCACGCAGAGCGGCGCCGACUCGGCACGUCGCACAUCCUCGCUUUACGCCACGCCGCUCGACCCGCACCGCUUCAGCUAUACCGCCUCGGAGAGCGGCGACUCGAUCCAGCCCGGCGCGAGUGUCUCGGUGCUCCGACCACCACGGCCGCGCGUCUGGCCAAAUGCGCGCCACUCGCUCUCCUCCAACGAGGGCUUGCAAGUGCCGUCCAGUGCUGCUGACUCGUAUCUUGCGAGCAUGGCGAGCGCCAAGCGGCGAGAAAAGACGGCGCCAUCGCACCAAAAGUCGAGCACCAGCUUGCUUUCGGCUGCAGCGGCUUCGUCCGACUGCGAUCCCUCCUUGUCGCGCGACCAUGCGGACCACAGACCUGCCAACGUCAAUCCCCCGCAGCAAGAUGGUCGCAGCGAGUCGGCGUCAGCUUCGACAGUGAUCGUGCAUCGCGCGUUCGAUCGGUACGAGGAGCCGAGUGCGCCAGUGGCGCCGAGUCGACGAUCGAGCAUGCUGCGCUCCAUCCACUCGGAUGCAGCCGCAUCCGGCACCUCGUCGGUGGGCAGGGAGGUCGAACAGCUGCGUCGCGGUCCCGAAGUCAAGCUGCACGAGCAUUCGAUCGAUCAAGUCUUUGAUCCGCAGCCGACUAGCGUGGCGAGGAGGCCGAGGGCGCUUAGCCUCAUUGAGAGGCUGCGUGGCAUCGCCACGCGCACCGCCGAAGCAUCAACAGCGGCGCCACACAUGGUCACCGUGCAGGCGCAGCCACACAGUGGUGCGUCGGGCGCGGGAAGCAUGCGCAGUCGGCUCCGAAGCAUCUCGCUGGUCAACGCCAGUCGAUCUGGUGUGGAAGCAUCUCGAUCGCAAUCAGCGAGCCGUGCGACCCAGCCAGCCGCACGCGUGGGCAAUGCUGCGGAUCCGUCGUCUGCGACAGAAGCUCAGACGCAGGCGACUGGUCCUCGCGGCUUGAGUCUGACUGCUCCAAGAACCGGGAUCGAGGCACAGUCGAGCCGGCUCAGUCCGAGAGAAGCCAUGGACUUGUCGCGUCCAGCGAGCGGACGCUCAGUGCACACGGCUCGUAGUAUCCGUUCGGCGAGGAGCUACACGAGCUCCAACGGCAGCCUUCGUGCGCGCUACAAGGCACCACAGACGUCCGCCGUCAAGAACGCAAAGGGCAGAGCCAUCGCACCUAGCAGCCUAGCCGGAACGUCGUGGUGGAAACAAAACCAGCUCAAGCGCAAGGGGUCGGAAGGAAUCGUGGCCGAAGCGCAGGCGCCCAAACAGGGUCGUGCGGCAGCCCUGGCCCCCGUCCACGCCACGGACGACGCUGCUUGGGUGGAUCUUGAACCGGAGCUGCAAACAUCUACAGCCAAGGACCCAGCGUCGCCCAAGGAGCUGGUACAUGAUGCUCCAGUGGAGAUCGUCAAGUCAAGAUCAAAAGACGCCGGCGGACUGUGGAUCUGGCCUCGACGACCGUCUGCUGCGCGCGUCUUUAGCUUCGGACUCAGCCGGUCUCAGUCGGAAGCCGCCUCGACCGGCCACGUCGACCCUAUCGAUACGACACGACGUACACCGAUCCAAGCUGAACGCUCGCCGGUCGAUGUCAUCGGCAUGGUGGUCGAUACACCAACGGGCAUGAUGGGAGGGGGUUAUGGAGGUCCGAGUACAAGCAACUCGUCCCAGACCUCGUUCACCUCGCUGGCUCCGCCACUCCCGCCUGCACCGGUUCCUCCGCUCCGCAGGCCACGUCGUCCCUCUCAAAAGCCAAACACGACGCCUGGGAAAGAGAGAUCAGGCUCCACAGGCUCGAAUACCGAAGCGGCGCUUGCAGACAGCUCGACGGGAUCCGGCUACCACUUGCCGCCCCAGCCACUAUCGGCAAGCGAAGCGAGCCUGGAGCGCAGCGAAGAUACUGCGUCUGCGGUGCCGAACAGCAUGGCGAGCACCGCAGCAUCGCAUACCUACAAUCCGACAUCGACAGCGCCGACGAGUGUGUCUGGACUCGACCGCCAGACUGGCAUUGGUAGACCGGGCGGAUUCGCGCUCUCGCCUCCUCCCGCAGUGCCGCGACGCCUGUCUGACGGGUCGGAUUCAGGCACCAAGGAGAUCCUGCUUUCGGAUCGCGAGUCGGUGGUAGCGCCCAAGAUCAGCUCGGACUCGUCGCUUCGAGGGCCGGUGGACGAGCAGCAUCCGGAUUUGCAGUCGUUCUAUCCGGCCGGCACGGCAUACACGAGACCGGUAGUGUCACCGCUCGCCAUCACCUCACCGCUGUCACCCAUGUCAGAAGAGGAAGCUGGUCCAGCUGCGCCGCGCCGUGUCGGAGGCGUGCCGGAUUUGUCUUCGCCAUCAGUGUCCAUGGUUCACGGUGCCCCGUCAGCACAUGAAGUCAGCCCGCACUUUAGGGACCUCAGCCUGACCGACGCGAGUCGAUCGUUCCGGUCCGUGCGAUCGUUCCGGUCGACGAGCGACGGUAGCAUGAAGCCUUUCCGCCCUCUUCCCAGCAUUCCUGGCCGCACGAGAGGCUACUCGGCAGACCACACGUCCGAUCGCCGCGAUCCGUCGCACGGCGCAGACUCCUUUGUCACUGCCGAGAUGCACAGUCGGUAUGGCAGCCUAGAACAGCAGCCACCGAGGCAGCUCGACGGCCUCCCACCUCGAGAUCACCUCUCGCCCUUGAUGCUCAUGGGUAUGGGCAUGGUGGCUGCGGCCUCUCCCACUCAGUGGACCAGUAGUAGUCACGAUCACACGGCUCCCACGGUUCAAGCUGCCCACCGCGGGUCGUCUUCACGGUCUAGCGUGGCUUCGGCAUCGUCGCCCUCCGCGUACACUCGACCACUGCCGACGAUCCCCACAGGAAGGAUGCAGAACAAGUUCCACGCCAUGGGACCCAGAAGACCGCUUGCCGCUUUGGCGAAUGGCGGCACUGGGCCGCCUCUGUCGCCCUCGGCAUUCUACGAGACUCGGUCGAGCUUGAACCCGCUUCCGCUCAGAUCGCCUGCGGGACCCAGACUCAGCUGGAGCUCGACCGAAGUCGCUGGAUCGCCGGCCGUGGCCAGCUUCCAAGGGAUACCUCUUCUGACGUCGAACGAAGGCACCGACGUUCUACGCAGAGCGCUCUCCCAGCCGCGAGAUGUCGACCCUCAGCGGCUGGGUCAGGAAGAUGGCAUCGCCGACGUCGACGAUGCCGAGCUGAGCAGGCUCGAGAUGUCGAGAUCCGGCAGCAAACUCACAUCGCCUGCUCGCGAGGCGUUUGCAGGGCGCGUCGAUUCGGUCGAACCAGCACCUUAUGCGGAUACGGGCGUACAGGCGAGCUUGGCUGCGCUGCGCGCACUCGAAUCGCCAGGUGAGAGCUUGCGGACCAUCUUGGCACGCCAGCGCAUGUUUGGCGAGCCGGAUGCCUCGGUGACCGAGUUGCUUCGCGAAACGAUGCCGCAGGACGACACAGAGGUGCUCGAGAUGAGCGGACCACGCCCGAGGAGACGAUCGGCGCCGUAUGCGCGACCAGACAGCUCUCGCUACUCUUCUGACGAGUUCUCGUCCAGCAGCAUGGGGCGGGCUCACGCUGCCAGAAGGAGGCGCCAGAUGAACUUCACUGGCUUGGCCGAAGCGUCGAGCACCUCCAUGGAAGAGACGAGCGGACGGUCGGACUCGGAAGGAGCAACGCUCGCUGCCAUCCGUCUCGCUCGUUCCAGGUCACGAGCCGGAAGCUCGAGUGCGCCACAGACUAGGGAUGGCAGACGUCAGAGACGCCCGCAGUCCCCAUUUUCGCGUCGGAAGGCUUGGGAAGUGCUUGCCGGCGUUGCUCGCCCUGCGUUGAGGAGAGACGUUUCGAGCAAUAUUCCCGAUGUGGCUUUCACCCCACCUGAUCCCGGUGCUGAUGACGAGCAUCGUGAACAACGACCUCAUCUCGAAAGGUAUGCGACUGCAGUCUCGCAGCCCGAUGCAGCAUCAGCCGAUGGGCAGCUGGGUCCAUCUGCAAGUGGGUUGCCGUCGGCUGGCCGCGAGAAUCGGCUCGACGUCUCCGGCGAAGGCGAUUCGCACAGCAACGUGACUUCGCCAGCAUCAACGAUGAGCCCCGCUCUGCUGCUCAAGCACGAACGUGUCGCGUCGCAGGUGCCAUCCUCGAUCGGCCUCGCAGGAUCCCGAGUGGCAUUUCCGUCGUCGGUUGCAACCGGAGGCUCGCGGUCGAUCCAGCCAGCGUCGUUGCGCUCUGCGUCCAUGCUGUACGAAUCGAGCAUCGACACGCGCCGCGGGACGUACGGCAUGGACGAGCGCGAGUCUUCACCUGCGACGGAGCGCAUGGUUCAGCGCAUGCGCCAUCCUCGGCAGAGGUCGCGCAGCGAUGUCCACGAAUCGCGCAGCCGAAACAGUCGCAUCGACAAGGCGAGCAGGUACGAUGCCCAGCUCGAGGAGCUUCUGCUGCUGCGCGAAAAGGUGCUUCGACUCGAGAGGUCCGGCAAGUACGGACGCUUUGACAGCAUCAACAGCGCCUCUGUGAAUCAUGCAGCCUCGGUUUCCAUCGGAGGAGACCACGCUCGUGACUCGGAACUCUUGACGGCGCGUCCGCGCCACAGCUCGAUCUCGUCGAAGCGCAAGUCGCGAUCAUCCAAGCUCGGCUACACCACGCCGGACAUCAUGGCGUGGAAAGCCGGACUCGGCUCCGGCAGCACGACUUCUUCGUUUGUCGCGUGA